UAAUACUUGCACAUCUUGAAAGAAGUCAAGUCUCCCAUGUGACCUGUACACUUCCUCCAAACGACACUUUCUUUCUCUGUCUUUACCGAUACAGAAUUUGAUCAAUAUUCUUUGGUAAACAACGUGAACCAGUGUCAGAGCAAUGCACAAGCAGCCCGGGCUGGUACUUCCUGGAGCUGUUCAGAUGAGGAUCAAAAACUCUCAAAGCAACUCUGGAGAGAGACUCAGCCAGACUAAGUCUAUGGUCCUUCCAGACCCUGAGACACUACAGAAACCUGUGAGCUCUAUUAAUCGUCACCGGAGGAAUCAGUCUCAACAUAACAUGGAAGCUUCUGUUGGGCUGCAGCCUGUUUUAAAAGAAUAUAUAAACAAAGCCAAAAUUGCUGAAGGAGGGAAGAAAUUAAGGAAAAACUGGACUUCAACCUGGGUUGUUCUCUCCUCUAGUCAGCUAUUAUUCUAUAAGGAGAGCAAACAAGAAGCUGUGGCUAAUUUGAAACCCAGUUGUAGACCAGAUGGUGUGGAUCUGUGUGGGGCUGCAAUCGGGUGGACAACAGAGAAAUCAAGCCGAAAGAACGUGGUGCAGAUCACCACCCCUACUGGCGAUGAGUUUUUGCUACAGGCUGAUCAUUUUCCAACAAUCUGCAAAUGGCACGACACCCUCCAAAAAACAGUGGACAGUCUGUCAAGCAGAACUGGAGGCCAGAGCUAUGGAAGAGCAGCCCUAAAGAAAUCAAACAGUACAGAAUGUUUGUCCAGACCAAUCUGCGAUCCACCUAAACCCAAACCAAAAGACUCCAAAUCUGAACACAGACGCUCUAUCAUGUUCAAGCUGAAUUACAGCGCGUCAGACAGUGCGGAUAAGAACGGUGUCAAGAACAGACUGAAGAAGUUCAUCUCCAGAAGGCCCUCUAUGAGAACACUACAGGAGAAAGGCAUUAUUAAGGACCGUGUGUUUGGAUGUCACAUAUUGACCCUGUGUGAGAGAGAAAAGACCACAGUGCCCAGAUUUGUCAAGUUGUGUGUGAAGGAAGUAGAGAAACGAGGCCUGGAGGCUGAUGGGAUAUAUAGGGUGAGCGGCAAUUUGGCCGUUAUCCAGAAACUACGCUUCCUAGUCGAUGAAGAGGAGGAGCUUGACUUGGGCGACAGCCAAUGGGAGGACAUCCAUGUCAUCACCGGAGCGCUAAAGAUGUUUUUCCGCGAGCUGCCAGAGCCUCUGUUUCCCUUUCGCUUUUUCGACCUGUUUGUGGAAGCCAUUAAAAUUAAGGAGACCACACAGAAGAUUCAAGCUUUGAAGAAACUGAUCCAUCAAUUUCCCAAAUCCAACCACAACACAAUGAAACUGCUCUUCCACCACCUGAGGAGAGUCUUGACCAAGUCCCAGCAGAACUUGAUGUCGACCCAGGGCAUUAGCAUUGUGUUUGGACCAACUCUCAUGUGGCCAGAGUUUGAAUCUGGAAAUAUGGAAGUCAAUAUGGUAUAUCAGCAUCAGAUAGUGGAGUUCAUUCUCAUUGAAUGCCUGGAGAUCUUUGGACCAGAGGGCAAGUGACAGGAAAAUAAUAUGGUGGGAAAAAAAUAAAAUAAAUACGGUGUGAAAAAAGUUCUGGAUUUGUUUAUAUUUGCCUUUAAAAGUUGCUUUACAUAUUUUCAAGUUACAUUCAUAAAUACAUAAACUGUAUUAUAAUUCCCAUUUAUACACGGUUUUGCCAGUUAUCAUACCUCAUUAAAAAUAUCGACAAAGUUGAAAAGCUGUAUAUUUGUAAUGAUGUAAAUUCAUUCUAGACAUAUAUUUGUGGAAAUGCAUUUGUCAACAGAAACAUGAUAGUUGGUAUGCGUUUCGUUUAAAAUUAAUUUGCACUUAUUUUUUAGAUGUUUUUAGCUAAACCAGACUGUACAGUUAUUUUAGUUACACAUAAUAUUUGUUACAUUAGGUGUUUGCUUUGUUGUAUUGAGAAUUUGUGAUGUAUUAAUAGUAAACAUGUGCUGUAAGUGUUGUAAGACAGAUACAUUGUCAAUUUAAAAAAGCUUUUUUUUCAUUAAAAAGUAAACAAAAAUA